AUGGUGCACAUAGCAUCAUUCUUCGGACAAUGGCUUCGUGAGAUGGACCGACGGUUCGUGAGGGAGAACAGAAAAGUUCUGAUCCUAGUCGAUAACUGCCCAGGUCAUGGGAACGUCAGCGGGCUUUCCUCCAUUCGGCUGGAAUUUCUACCCCCAAACACAACUGCGAAGCUGCAACCAAUGAACCACGGGGUAAUAAGUAGGGCCCUCAGUUUUCGGGUAAAACCCGAUAAAGCCCGUUUUUACACCCCGAUUUACAUAAAAUACCUCAAGAGGCAUUACAGGCGGUCUCUGCUUCAGCGAAUGUUGCUGUGUAUGGAAACCGGCAAGGAGUACCAAGUGAACCUGCUGAGUGCAAUUCAUCUUCUCUCGUACGCAUGGGAUAAAGUUUCCGAAACUACCAUUGCAAACUGCUUCCACCAUGCAGGGUUUGUGACACACAGCAGCCCUACAGAAACCCUUGCAGAGAACAGUGUUGAGGAGCUGCCAGAAGAUGACGAUCCCAACCUGUUGUCUGAUCUCAAGAGCGCUGGCAUCUCCAUGGACAUGGUGGCAUACGUUAAUGUUGAUGAUGAUGUUGCCACUUGUCGAGAUGACACAAUGGAAGCCCUGAUUGAAGAGACAUGCACUGAGAAGCCAUCAGAGACUGAAGCUGAAGCCAUUGAGGAAGAAGGCUAG